AAUUUACACGCAAAUUCUGGCCGCCAUUUUGGUUGAGACCUUUUUGCUUGGUCAAAUAUAACUGCAUUGAAUAUUUGUUUUAAUUAUUACGUUACAAAACAUGGUUAUGACAUACUUUUUAGGGUAUGAUUGAUGAAUGUGCCAUAGGCUGCAGCGUACAAUGUACGAAGGAAAAAACAUUCACUAUUCAAGUUCAGACAGCAAGCUCCUAUGCUCUUUCAGUGGCAAAUUGUGCAAUCAGAGACGUCUUAAUGGAUACGGAUUUUGUAUUAGACAUAUUUUGGAAGACCCUAAUGCACCAUUUAAAAGAUGUGCAUAUGUUGCAAAAUCAAGCAAUCAGAUGUGCACACAGGCUAUACCAAAACAUGAAGAAAGGAGGUACUGCAACAACCACAUGCAAGUACUGGGGAUGUUACCAAAGAAGGAGCGUAAGAAGAAAGAUAAACAACUAAUAGAGACCAAGCAGCCUCCUGUGAUUGGAAAAACAAAAUUUUGUCUCUCAAAGGACAGUGUGCCUCCCAUCAAACCUGCCACAUCUGCUGAGGACCCAGAUGAUCCAUAUGCCUUUCCUGAUGUUGGGCCAGCUGAAAACAAAACUGUUGCGUCCUCAGUUUCUUCCACAUCUGAUAGUGUUUUAGGCAAGUCUCUGCAAUCAGGGCAAGGGUUUGUCAGAUCUGCCAGUGAUAUCAGCACUAGUGGGCUGAGUAUGUCUGGAGGUUCGACCAUAGCAAAAUACUAUCCUGAACUUGCAGAGAAACUAGAAAAAAUGAGAGCAAAACCUGAACCAAAAGUGACAUCCAAGAGUCGGGCAAGAAGCUCAAGGACCAUGAAUAAAUUGCAAACAAAAAUCGCACAGAACAAAAUUAAUGAAAAGUUGCGCAAAUCUCAAGAAUUAAGUCAGACAGAUUCGAACUCGAGUCCGUUGCAGUUGUCAAGCCCAGAACACAGCACUAGUCCAGGACCAAGCCCAGCAUCUUCCCAUACCUUCAGUCCUCAAGCUGCCCCAGCUCCACCUUUCACAUCCACUUUUUCCCUAUCUGGAUAUGAGCAUGUGCGUUCAAGCCAAGAUGUUCCUCCUCUACCUCACGUUGACACCUCGUUUCUUGCUACAUUGGCAGCCCAAGACAAUUUAGGCUUUCCAAACAGUGGAGUUGGUGAUAUGGGACUUACUUCUGAAAGGCUUCUGACAGUCCACACCCCUCCAAGACUUCCUCCACCCUACCCAGGAUCAUCUACACUAUCCACACCCUCUUCUUUAGCCUCAUCAGAUCUUCCAGCCAGUGCCUUUAGUCCACAGACAAAUUUAAACUGUGUACUGGAAAGUUUUAACUCAUCUCCACAACGAACAGCCAUUACACAAGUGGGACCUUCAGGACCAUCAUCAAUACCCUCAUUAAACUUUACGCAUCAUCAGAAUAAUCCAUCAUCAACUUCAUUUUUAUCACAGACUUCUGCGUCAUUUACCACAAGUUCUACGCCAAGUUAUUCAUUUCCUUCAUCUGGUGUUACCAGCGGGGCUCAUCUCAAGCUACAGAACCACAUAACUGCACCACUACCUCCCUCAAAUGUUGAUCUCUUCUCACUACUGAACAUAAACUCUAAGUUGGGUGUAGAUCCCUCCAUGGGAGUCACACCUUCAGCGAUGCUUCCUUCACCAAACACACUUGCUGCCCAUCUAAAUUUACCUCCACCACCGCCUUAUGUGCCUCCUGCAGUGCAACAAAAAGUUUCCACGCCUGUGUUACCCAGUGUACCUGUCCCUAAGGUGCAGCUGAGUGCAGUUCCCAGAGCAUCUGUACCACAUGUAAAGUUACACAAACUAAAUGGGAUUUUAUCAGAGAAAGAAGCUAAGAGAAAGUUUAGGAGUGAUUUAGCUGUCAAAUUCUACUCAUUCUAUGCUAAGAGGAGGGUUAGCAGCCAUUGCAUGGUGGGGCCAUACCUAUGUAGCUCAGAUGAUGACAGUGAAGAUGAGGAUAUUGACAUGUUGCCAUGGCAAAGAGAGAUUUUUUCUGCAUCAUCUGAUGAUGAAGCAGACAGUGAUGAUGAACUAGAAAAUGAUGUUCCAAUGGGCAUGAGACCAACUAAGAUAUCACUGUUGAAAACACGGCUUAGACGACAGUGGUGUCAAGCAAAAAAUGCCUAUAAGACAAACAAACUUCUGAGAGAGAACAGCAACCAGGCAACUUUAGCUCUCAUCCGCACUGUUCGCAAUGGUGCAGCUUGUGCGGUCAGAGCAUUGUGGCAGAUUACCCAUCUUAAGAGGUCUAAGAAGAAGAUAAGAAAAAGAUGGUCUAAAACAUGCUGCAACAAAAGUGAAAAGGAAGGACAAUGUACCAAUCAAUGUUUGCCAUAUGCAAACCACUGUGUUAAGCACAUUACAUAUAAUAUCAAUCAGCAGUUGUUUGAUUUCUGCACCGCCAAGUUUGCCAAUAACGUUCAGUGUUGUCUGCCGUCAUUUGACCUCCGCCAUGAGCUGCCAUUGUGUCAGGAGCAUGCGGCUAAAGCUGAUAACUAUCAGAAGCAGUUGGAGAUAGAGAAUAAGAAGAAGCCAAGGAAAAAAUCUAAACCACCUGCACUCACCCGACCUCCCAGGAAAGGAAAGAAGAAAAAGAAAGGCAAAUAUACCAAAGCUCAGAAACCUUUGCCCCCUCCUGUUUCUAUUGGUCUAGAAUCAACCCUUUCAGAUGUAGAUGUGACCAGUAUAGACACAUCAAAACCUGAAGAAGGGCUGGAAUCUCCUCCAGGGAGACAACCCACUACUCCACACCAGCAGUCGUCUACCCUUGUCUCCCAGUUCACACCUGACAUGAAGGGCAACAGCAAAAACCUCAGCCUUGAACUUGAAGAAUCUUUAUCACCAGAUUUUGACAAACCAUUUGAGCUUCCACUUGAACAAGCAUCUCGUCUGUUGGAGGAAUCUGACUUUCAAGAAGUUGUUAACAAAAUGCCGUUCGAUGAAUUGGACUUGUUUGGUAAAAAUGGUGAACCAGAUCAAGAUGCUGAUCAUCUAUGUUUAGAUCUAAACUCAGCUAACAAAGCGCGGGACGCUCUAGAAAAACUGUUAACAGGGACCAUGUCAGAAGAAGAGUCCAUGCAGUUGGCAAUGGUGCUGGCCCAGAACCUCCAGACUGAUGCAGAACUAGCCCACAAUGCUGGACUCAUCACAGAUUCCAGCAGUGCUGCUCAGGGUACCACUGCCAUGGAAAUGACCCUGGGCUCACAUAUGGCAGAAACAUCUGACCUGACCAGCACUGGUGCUGUUGACCAUCAGAUGAUGAACAUGCAGGCCUCAGAGAACUCCAGUUUUGUGCUCCACAGCAACUACCAACAGCCACUGCUAACUACAGCUUCCCUUACCAUGUCUUCUUACAGAAACCUUGACAGUCAUAAAAUGACUCCAACUUCCCAGCAACAGCAGACCCCCAUCUCAUCCAAUUCAGUCCAGACCAUGGAAGACAUGCCUCCUGUACUUACAGCAGAUCUGAAUGCUGUGUAUGGACAGAUAGAGAGUCUGACCAGGUCCCAGCUGGCUGCCAAACAAUCAUCUGGACUCAACCUCAACCACAUCUCUGGUCUUGAUUCUUUCUCAACUUCAAAGUCUGGGAUUCGACAUUUACCCACAGAAUCAACACCUGCUUCCACUUCAUCAAACUUGUAUGCAGGCUCCAGCCAAACAUAUCUUUCAGCAAUUGGCAAUAGUGCUUCUAUGGCACCUCUUCAAUCACAAGUGAAUUUGGAAGUUGGAAGAGGCGUUGUUCAUUUAGAGUCAGGCUCGACUCAAGGAUUUAAUAAUACCUCGUUACCAUUAAUUAAUGCUCACUCAAGAGCAAGUUCUGGGCCACAGCAUCAAAAUUUUUCACUGUAUUCAAACUCAUUAUUGCCUUCAUCACAACCAUCAUCAGAAAUGUCAUAUUCAUUGUCAUUACCUUCUCAAGCCAAGAAGGCUAAGCUGGAUACCCCAUCUGUGAUACCCCAUACAAGCCACCAAAAGCAUCUGCAGCAGCAGCUGUUACAGCAGAAUUCUACCACAGUUAGAAACUUGCUGCAAACAUCAAACGCCAGCAAGCUGACAUUACAGGAAACUAACAGGAACCUGAGACCACAUGAUAAGGCCCCGGCUUCCCCUAAAACAAGUGUACAGACAUCUAAUAAACAGAGGCUCACCUUGCCAGGCCUACAGCACGAUGGCACCAGUUUUUCUCAAAAGUCUGACGGUGUUAAGCUCACACUGCCAGUUUGUAACAACUUGCUAUCUGAGGCCAGCCAGAGUAGACUAGCAUUGCCUGACAGUGCAGGCUCUUAUGACAUGUUAAAUUCAGUGUCACAGUCUUCUUGCACAAGUAACGCUGUUCGCUAUUCUUUAACUGCAGAUUCUUCCCACAACUCUUCCUCCACCCUAACGUCCACAACUACGAUACGUCACAGUCUACUUGGGGAUAGCAAUGGACCUAAUGAGUCUAUCUCCGUGACUGUCCUUCAUCCUUCACCAAUGGAAAGUGUUCCGACCACAGUCCGGCACACGCUGCCAGAUACUUUCCCCACACCUAUGACUUUGCCAUCAUCGCCUGCUCUUUCAUUGCCUCUAAAAUCACAUUCAUCUUCGGCAGAAUCCAAGCUGUCAACUGCCAUCUCCUCUCAGUCAUCCAGCAAUUUGCAUCAAGAGCUUCUUAUGUCCCAGAGGCAACAGUGGGCCCCACAAGCAUCCAUGACAACCAACAUCACGCUACAAAAUGGCCUACCAUUUGGCCCGGGCUCCACUCGGAACCAAAUCUCUAACAGGUUUAGCCCUGCUGGUCAGGGCAGUGCAAGAAAUAAGCAAACAAAAGCUGCGGCAGAAGCUGCAAGGAUAUCUGCCCUCGCAAGUGCUGCUGGUGUUCCUGUAGUUUGUAAUCCAGUAUCUCUGCCUGGAUUAGUUCAAAGCCUACCAACUACAACAUUCAAAAGUAGUGGAUCCUCAUGAAUUCAAGGCUGGUCAACCAAGGCAGUAAAAAUAUUGGGUUUUUAUUAAGGCCUUGUCUAAUUCAAGGCUUACCAACUAUGAAAUUGACCCUAUCAAGACUGCAGAAUUCAACUUUAAAAAGUAGUAGGUCCUUCUGAAUUGCUUUUCUUAAAUACACAGGCAUGUUUCUUUAUAUCUUUUCUUAUCUUGUUUAUUUAUACAUUGCAAUUAAAAUUUUACUAAUUUUUGUUAGAUGAAAUAGUCAGUUUUUAUAUGGAUAUUCCUCUGUGUGUGACAAACAUUGCAAAACAAAUUUUUUACAUGAUGAACAUAACAGUUUAGUUCCAAUAACCUGUCAGCAGCCAAUCCAUAAAUUGUGCAUAGAAUGUAUGUUGGUUAAAAUAUUUUUUUUAUCAUUAUAUCUUGGUGUAUUCCGAUUAAGUCCAUGCAUUUUCUGUGAUAAUUCAGGAAUCAGUGACUUAUCAUUUGAUAUCAUUUGCAAAUUUUUGGUGCCUGUGUUGUCAGUUCUUGGUGCCUAUGCUUUAAAUGUAAAUUAGAUGGGUUCAAUAAAUCAUAAAAACCAGGGCAUUGUAAGAUUGACAAAAAGUAAUAAAAUGUCUGUAAUAUUUCUACAAAAUUUCUUAAUCCCACAAGGACCUUAAGAUGUCAAUAAAUUUUUUGUAUUGAUUUCUGCACACAAUUAUUAUGUAAAAUUUUAUUGAUAUUUGUAGAAAAAGGUUUUAUUAAUGUAAAAUUUGCAUAUCUUCCAUAUAAUUAAUUAUUUGCUUACACAACCUAGUCGUCUUUUUAAAAGUAUGUUAUGACUUUUAUAAAGACAGAUUUGUGUUAAAAUAUUUUUUAAAGUAGUAUUUAUUGAUAUAAACUCAAAAACAGUUUUUGAAUAAAAGUAGCAUGAAUUAAUUUACAUACACC